AUGCCUGCGAAGAAUGUGGUCGUUAUUGGAGCCGGAGUGGCCGGGCUGACAACAGCACUCCUGCUGUCAAAGAAGCCGGGAUACAGAAUUCUCGUUGCUGCCAAAUAUAUGCCCGGAGACUACGAUAUCGAGUACGCGUCUCCCUGGGCAGGCGCCAACUACAUGCCCGUUUCUGUCGCCGGUACAGAUGCAGCGGAUUGGGAUAAGAAUACAUGGGGACCAUUAGCCGAUCUUGCAGCGAACUAUCCGGAGGCUGGCGUUCACUUUCAGGAAUGUGAGAUAUAUACCCGCGAAGAAGACAAGGGUUCUACAACUGCAGACUGGUUUUCUGAGCUUCUGUCGUCCAAUCCAUGGUUUGCAAAGGUCGUUCCGAACUUUCGGAGCUUGCCAAAGGAUUCCCUUGCGCCUGGGAUUGACUCUACAACAUCGUUUACUUCUGUGUGCAUUAACACCGCCAUCUACCUUCCUUGGCUUGUUUCGCAGUGCCUAUCUAACGGUGUAGUCUUCAAACGGGCACACUUUAAGCACAUUCUCGAUGCUGCGAACGACCACUUUCACCCACAUGGCAAAGUCGACUUGGUAGUAAAUUGCACUGGACUAAUGGCAUCCAAGCUAGGAGGAGUGCAGGAUUCAUCGGUGGUUCCUGCCCGAGGACAGAUAGUGAUAGUGAGAAAUGAAGCGGGCAAGAUGCUGAGUGUGUCUGGCACGGAUGACGGCGAUGACGAGGCUUGCUAUGUGAUGACACGCGCCGCCGGCGGAGGAACAAUUCUGGGAGGCUCAUACCAAAAAGGAAACUGGGAGUCUCAGCCAGAUCCGAAUCUGGCAAUCCGGAUCAUGAAGCGGGCUGUGAAGAUAUGCCCAUCUUUGACUGGUGGCAAAGGUAUUGAGCACCUGGAUGUUAUCAGACAUGCAGUCGGUCUUCGUCCUGUCCGAGAAGGGGGCACUCGAAUUGAAAAGGAGAAGAUCGGGGGAGUUUGGGUUAUUCAUAACUACGGUGCUGGAGGUGCUGGAUAUCAAUCGUCGUAUGGAUGCGCGCAGGCGGCAGUGGAUCUGGUUGAAGAUGCCCUUGCUCCCUUUGCUAGACUAUGA